UUAUUUAUUUAUUAAUUGAUUUUUGAACAAUUUUUGUGACAGCUAUUUGUUGUCUUUUUUUUAUUUUUAUUUUUAUUUAUUUACGUUCCACCCACCAUCAUAUAAAAUAAUAGAAAAAUUCAUGAGAAGAGUGAUAAAUGAGGUGUCGUUUAAAUGAAUAUAAAAGUUUCAUUGUUCCAUGGCCUAAGCAAAAAAUAAAUAAAUAAAUGAACGCCUCAAAUUGACUUGUAGACCUAUAUAUUAAUUUUUUAAGGAAAAAAAAAAUGCAAAUUAAGCAAAGGGUUAAAAAGGUAAAUAUAUAAAGAGCUAAACGACCACUGAAGACGCUUGCAUGAAUAUUCAGAGAUAAUUAAACAAAAGAAAAAAGAAAAAGAAAAAGAAAAAUAAAAAUGGAAGAUGAGUAUGUGGAAGAAAUGGUUAGACGCCUAGAAAAUCUAUCGAGAGGCAACGAGGAAGCAUCAGAGAUCGUGAGGAGGAGUCUCGGAGGGCUAGAGGUGGUUCAUGCUCAAAAGGGUUUGCUUCGCUGUAAAUUUCCAAUACCAAACGAUGUCUCUGAUCCAGAUGGAAAUUGGCAUGUGGGUGCAAUUGCAUCCCUAAUGGACACUCUUGGAGUCUCUGCCGCAUAUACCUCUACAGGUCUUUCCAGACUAACCGUUGAUUUCAACAUUUCUUACUAUUCCACCGCUAAGAUUCAAGAAGUAGUUGAAAUAGAAGCAAAGGUGGUUUCAAAGAGAGAGAAGCUAACAGGUGUGGUUUUGGAGGUUAGGAAAACAGAGGACUCGCAACUUAUUGCUGUUGGGAGGCAGUGGGUUGCUUCUUCUUCAUCCUCAAACACCAAAAAUCAUCCUGACCUCAGCAGGCUAUGAUUUUUCACUAUUCCAAUUUUUGUUUAUUCCAUAUAAAUAUGACAAAGUCAAUUUUCAAGACCCUCCGUUCGUUUGAUUUAGUUUUACAUUUUUUUUUUUUUUUAAUGAAUUGAUUUAGUUUUACUUUAUU